AUGUCAGCGUUGUCCUACCCAACCGAGCUGAUUAUUUGUCCCUCUGUGGAAGUGGAGGUCUAUGGAGAAGCCAUCACUCCAGAGUGCAAACCUGAACCAAACGCCAUCAAUCUUGCUACACAAGGGAUUGCAGAACAGUCUUCUCACUAUGCACGUAAGGGAGAGCCAAACCUGGCCAUCGAUGGAAAAAGAAAUGGCACCUACAAUGAAGGGAGCUGCAGCCACACUGAGAUUGACUAUCCUGCUUGGUGGAGAGUCAAUCUGAAGGCCACCUACUCCAUCUCCACAGUGGUUAUCUACAACAGACAGGACUGCUGUGAUCAUAGACUGAUGGGGGCUGAAAUCCGAGUUGGUGACUCCCCUGAUGUCUCAACACACAUCAAAUGUGGCACAAUUGAAGGAACUUAUCCAGGAUCUAUUCAUACCAUCUGCUGUCAUGGAUUGAAAGGACAAUUUGUGAGUGUUGUCAUUCCUGACCAAUCUCAAUACUUGACCCUCUGUGAAGUCGAGGUCUAUGGAGAAGCAGUCAUCCCAGAGUGCAAACCUGCACUUAAUGCAAUCAAUAUUGCUAAACAGGGCACUGCAGAUCAGUCUUCUUACUAUUCAUACCUCGGCUCUCCAAGCCAUGCCAUAGAUGGGAAUAGAAAUGGUAUCUUCGGGAAGGGGAGCUGCACCCACACUCAGAAGGACACUCCGUCCUGGUGGAGAGUGAAUCUGAAAGCCACCUACGCUGUCUCUGCAGUGGUGGUCUACAACAGAGAGGACUGUUGUGACAAUAUACUGAUGGGGGCUGAAAUCCGAGUGGGUGACUUACGUGACGUCUCAAAGCAAGUGAAGUAA